GUGAGGCUGCUUGGGAUCGACUUCAUCUCGUCUCAGGAGUUCCUGGCGAACGCCUACGUCCUGGCAGUGCUGCUGUUCUUCGCCCUGAUCCUACAGAGGACCUUCCUCCAGGCCUCCUACUACGUGGCCAUCGAGACAGGAAUCAACCUGCGAGGAGCCAUCCAGACUAAGAUCUACAACAAGAUCAUGCGUCUGUGCACCUCCAACAUGUCUAUGGGGGAGCUCACCGUAGCGCAGAUCUGCAACCUGGUCGCCAUAGAUACCAACCAGCUGAUGUGGUUCUUCUUCCUGUGCCCUAACCUGUGGGCCAUGCCUGUGCAGAUCAUUCUGGGGGUGAUUCUGCUCUACUACCUGCUGGGGAUCAGUGCCCUGAUCGGGGCCACAGUCAUCGCAGUCUUGGCCCCGGUCCAGUACUUUGUGGCCACCAGACUGUCCCAGGCCCAGAAGAGCACUCUGGAAUACUCCAGCGAACGUCUGAAAAAGACCAACGAGCUGCUGAGAGGCAUCAAGCUGCUGAAGCUGUACGCCUGGGAGAAUAUCUUCUGUCGCAGUGUGGAGGACACCCGAGACAAGGAGCUCACCAGCCUCAAGAACUUUGCUUUCUACACCUCCAUAUCCAUAUUCAUGAAUGCGGCCAUACCUAUUGCGGCAGUACUGACAACGUUUGUGGUGCAUGUCCACAUCUCAGAGAAGGAGGAGCAGGAUCUGUCCCCGGCCGUGGCCUUCGCCUCCCUGUCCCUGUUCCACAUCCUGGUCACUCCUCUCUUCCUGCUCUCCAGUGUGGUGCGCUCCACUGUCAAGGCCCUGGUCAGUGUUCAGAAGCUGGGUGAGUUCUUCUCCAGCGAUGAGAUCGGAGAGGAGCAGGAACCCAGAGCUGCCAUGCCCUCAGGUCACCCCAAACACAGCAAGUACCAGGCUGUG